AAUGGAUAAUAGAGAAAUUGAAGAUUCCAAUAAAGUGAUUCAUGUCAAAUAACAUAAAUCUACUGCUCGUCAGGCUUAUUUCAAUUUUAUUAAAUCAAAUUUAGGAAUAGGUAAUCUAUUUUAUUUGAUAUUCUAAGGUGUCAUCGUUCUUCCUUUUGUCACUUAUUAAGUUGGCUUUCUCUGGUCUAUUGCAUUAUUCAUUCCUAUUGCCUUUAGUUGUUUACAGUAAAUUUUUCUUUCUAUAAUUUAUGGUAGAUCUAGUCAAUUUAUGAUUGAAAUUGCAGAUGAUCUGAAUACCGAUAAUAUACUCUAUGCAGAUAUUAUAAAAUAGACUUUAGGAUCACUUUGGGCACAUAUUUUGGAUAUUGCCAUAAUAUUCCAAUUAAUUGGACUUUGUAUAGCCUAUUUGAUUUUUUUAACAGAAUCCUUGGCUUAGUCUUUACUUCAAAUAAGUAUUCAAAUGGAAAAAUUGUAAUGUUUGUUAAUUACAUUAAUUAUUGUCAUUCCAUUAUCAUUUGUAAGAAAUAUUCAUUUUUUCCAUUCAACCAGCAAAUAUGGCUUUUAUUCUGCUUUGGCUUCUUUCUGCAUCAUAUUGUACGAUUGCCAAAAUAGGCUCUCAUUUCGAAACAUUUAUUUUUCAAAUUUAAUANUAUCCUCCAUCAAAAAGUCUAAUUUGUGA